GGGGGUGGGGCUCAGCCAUGUCCGGGGGGGCAGCUGAGGGGGUCCCGGUGGCCUCUGCUCCCCCCCCGGGGACCCCCCCCGGGCGCCCCACGGUUUAUCUGCUGCUGGAGGGACCCAGCCCCCCGGACACCCUCAGGGUGCUCAGCCUCAGCUCCUUGCUGCCUGAGUCUGGCAUUGUUGCUGACAUCGAGUGGGAGCCCCCCCCAGGGGAGGCCACCCCUGAAGACCCCCCCCAUGGCGACCCCCCCCUCCAAACCCCUUCAGGGGGAACCUUUUACAGCCUCAAGAGCCAACCUCUGCCCCCCAGCACGGAGCCGCUGGCCCCCCCCCGGGCUGCCCCCUCCUCCCGGGUGCUGCUCAGGCAGCAGCUGAUGAGGGCCCAGGCCCAGGAGCAGGAGCAGAGGGAGAGAAAGGAGUCCCCUGGGCCCCCCCCAGCACCAGGACCCUCCCCUGCCAUUGCUGUGGGGGCUCCCCCCAACAGGGCCCCCCCACAGGUGCCCCCAGAGGUGCUCAAGGUGCAGACCCACCUGGAGAACCCCACCCGGUACCACCUGCGGGCGGCGCAGCGCCAGCAGCUGCGGAGGUUCCUCAGCCACCAGCAGGGGGCCCCGGGGAGCCCUCGGCAGACACAGCCAGCGGCGGCUCCCCCAAGGAGCUUGAUGAUGUCAUCGAUGACCUCAUCAGCCUGGGUUCCAGCUACGAGCAGCUGCUGCGCCUGGAGCCACACACGGUUCCCACCCCUGGCCCCCCCCCCGGAGGUGUUGCCGCCCCCGCAGGGCAGCAGCUCCUGCCCCCCCCAGCUGCCCAGGGUCAAGGCUGAGCUCUCAGACUCAGAGACCAAAGCUCUGCUGAAGGAGAGGCAGAAGAAAGACAACCACAACCUAAUCGAGCGGCGCCGGAGGUUCAACAUCAACGACAGAAUCAAGGAGCUGGGGACCCUGAUCCCCAAAUCCAGCGACCCGGAGGUUCGGUGGAACAAGGGCAGCAUCCUGAAGGCCUCAGUGGAUUACAUCCGGAGGCUGCAGAGGGAGACUCAGCGCUGGAGGCAGCUGGAGGAGCAGCAGCAGCGCCUCCAGCAGGCCAACCGCAGCCUGCAGCUGCGUGUGCAGGAGCUGGAGCUGCAGGCACAGCUGCAUGGCCUCCCCCUGAGCCCCCCAGCAGCUCCCCUGGCCGAGGGGGGCUGCGAGGAAGCGCCUGGGGGUCCCCCCCCAACCCCCCAGUGCCUCCUGGACCUGGCACUGGGAGAGGACCUGGCCCCAGGGCUGGAGCUGGGGCUGGAGCUGGGGGGGUCUGAGGGGGGGGCUCUGGAUGACAUCCUGAUGGAGGAGGGGGGGCUGCUGUCUCCCCUCGGCCCCCCCGGGCCCCUCCUGGCCUCCCCAGGGCCAUCCAGGGCCUCCUCCCCCCACAGCAGCCUCAGCAUGGAGGAGGAAGCCUGAGCCCUGGCCUUGCCCUUCUGAGGAGCCUUGGGCGUGGCCCUGGGGGCACCCUUUUAAGGACCA